UGUGUUGUUCAGGCACAGCCCACCUGUUUGCUAAUUAGGAUCUUCCUUGGCUUCAAUAAUGCAAUUUUUGUUUUGUUUUGGUGUGAAUAACUUGCUGCAAAUAGUCUGAGAUAGGGGAAUGAAGAGAAUGCUCUGGCUGGCUUACAGCAGAGUGUUGCAAGGGGAUGGUGAUGUUCUCAGAAACACCUGGAGGACAGAUGCACUUCAGAUUCCCCUCAGUUGGAGAGCCAUUUACAGGAUCAUAGAAUCAUUGAGGUCGGAAGGGAUCUCUGGAGAUCUUCCAGUCCAACCCCCCUGAAUAUCUCCAGAGAAGGAGACUCUACCACCCCUCUGGGCAUCUUGUUCCAGAGCUCUGUCAUCCUCAAAGGAAAGAAGCUCUUCCUCAUGUUUGUGUGGAACUUUCUGUGUUCUACUUUGUGCCCAUUGUCCCUUGUCCUGUUGGUGGGCACUACUGAAAAGAGCCUGGUCCCAUCCUCUUGGCCUCCCAACUUCAGAUACUGAUAAGCAUUGAUCAGAUCCCCCCACUCAGCCUUCUCUUCUCCAGGCUGAAUGGUUCAGGGUUCUCAGCCUUUCCCCAUCUCUGCAACCUCUGUGGCUUCACCAGAGCAGAGCAGAGGGGAAAAGAACCUCCCUCACCCUACAAUGCACCCCAGGGUCCCACUGGUCUUCUGGGCCAUCAGGGCACAGUGCUGGCUCAUGGUCAAUUGCUGGUCAACCAGAACACCCAGGUCCUUCACCUCAGCUCCUAACCUGCACUGAUGUGUCUCGUUAUUCCUCCCUAGCCAUAGGAUUCCACACUUGCCCUUGUUGAACCUCAUCAGGUUCCUCUCUGCCCAACUCCCAGCCUGCCCAGGAUUCUCUGUAUGGUAGCACAGGCACACUGCUGUGCUUUCUGUCACUUAACGUGUGUGUGGUUUGGAAAGUGCAGUUUUUUUCCGUGAUCAGAGACCUGAGGGCUUUGCAAUGUACACGUGGCUGUUUAACUGCAGCUCACCGCUGUUCCUUCUUGUCACUGGAAAAUGUGAGCACAAAGCUAACCCAGGCAGGGUGCUGCUCCUGUCGGAACCAGCUGACUGCACUUGGUUUCCUGUUUCUACUAAUGCUAUCAGGUCGACUCUGGAGACAACGGGGGAAAUCAUACUGCGAAACUAUGACCCUGAAGAUGAGGAGCUGAAGAAGAGGAAAUUGCCUCCAGCCAAGCCAGCCUCAGUGGAAGACAAGGUGAAGGACCAGCUGGAGGCAGCUAAGCCAGAGACCAUCAUCGACGAAGUGGAUCUGACAAACCUGGCCCCCAGGAAGCCAGAUUGGGAUUUAAAACGAGACGUAGCCAAGAAGAUGGAGAAGCUGGAGAAGAGGACUCAGAGAGCCAUUGCUGAACUGAUCCGAGAGCGCUUGAAAGGGCAGGAGGAGGAGUUGGCAGCAGCUGUUGGGUCAGCAAAGCAGGAUGGAAGUGACUCCGACUGAUUUGCUCCAUCUGGGCACAGGCUCUACCAGCAACACUGAUCUCAUCAUUGUCAGGUAGAGGAGCUUUGCUGCUGACCAGCAUUUUGCCAGGAGCCCAUGAGUCCUGGAGGAAAGGGGCAGAUCUGAGGAGCGGUGCUUCCCUCUAUGAGUCUGUGGCUGGUGGAUGAAGCAUGUUUCACAGACCACUUUUUAGGACUACAAAGGAUUGAUGGGAGUGGGACAGACAUCCAGUUUGCCUUGAACUUGGCAGGAGUUGGAGCAGGGAAGAUGUGGGCAAAAGGGCCAAGUGUCAAAAAACGUACAUCCAGCAAACUCUCCUCUCACUUGCUUGAUUAAUAGAUCCUCUCACAGCCUACAACAUUCCCUAGGGGCCCUGCUCUUUGUCAGGAUGCUCCUUUCUGCAGAAAACUGAUGUCACUGUUACAGAGAACGACAGGGUCUGGAGAACAUCUGCUCAAUAUUUGGGAACCUUUCCCCCAUGGUCACACCCAGCAUGUAUAGAGUGACUCUCCUGGAAGUGCUGUGUGCUCAGGACCUGUUGGCUGCUCUGUGUUGGGAGAAGUGUCCACCUGAGAGGCUAACUUGUUUUUUGUUUGCUGAAGCUUCCAGACCCUCCAGGCUGUGCAACAUGCACCAUUCCUCUGGAUGUUUUAUAAUUGACAGAGUUUGUUGUAACGGGUAUUUUCAUAAUAAAAUUAUCCUGCCGUGGAGGAAGCUGUUG